UAUGAUAAUGUUAAGUCCAAGAUUCAGGACAAGGAAGGAAUCCCUCCAGAUCAGCAGAGGCUAAUCUUUGCAGGGAAGCAGCUAGAAGAUGGAAGGACCCUUGCUGAUUAUAAUAUUCAAAAGGAGUAUACUCUUCAUCUGGUGCUGCGUUUAAGAGGAGGGAUGCAAAUAUUUGUCAAGACCCUAACAGGAAAGACAAUUACUCUUGAGGUCGAGAUCUCUGUUACAAUAGACAACGUGAAAACCAAGAUUCAAGAUCAGCAGAGGCUUAUCUUUGCUGGGAAGCAAUUGGAGGAUGGGAGAACUCUUGCGGAUUAUAAUGUUCAGAAGGAGUCUACUUUCCAUCUCGUGCUCCGUCCUCGUGGUGGUGAUUUCUGAGUGUAAUAAUUGUCGUCUUCUUGUUUGGUUGUUCUUAGAAACUCGUUAGAUUAUGGUGAUGUUAGUGUUUAAGUUGCUCUUUUGUUAUUCUCUUUUCAAUGCUCAGUUUCAUGGGUAUCGUUUUUCUUAUUAAUAGGAGUCUUUAAUACUAGCAUAUAACCAGGAUAUCAAGGUCUUGGAUCUUCCUAGAUUGUUAUCCACACAUUUCGAACAAUAGGAAAUUAUACUCCGACAAGUAAAUCAUGUCUCUUCUGUCAAUUUUCAGUUCGAUGAUUGCUGUGUUUACUGGUUCCCCUAUCUGGGGGUUUGA